CAUUCCAUUCGCGUUGGGCGCCGGAUGCGUUCGUGGGAUCGGCGCGGAGGCAAAUAUAAAUCGCUGCAAAUUAUCCGGGAAUUCCUCGAAGGAAGUGAGAUUUGUUUUCCGGGUAUCUCCGGACGAGGUAAUCCUUACGAAGGUAGCGAGGAAAGAGCAAGCGAAGAUACAUCUGCAUUUGUUACGUGCACGUGCGCUUUUAUUUGCACGCUGGGAAAAAACAUUUACGAGCGUGUCGCCCAUAUAGACGUAUAGACAUAUUUUCGUAGCCAGCGACGGAGGAGACGGAGUCGCGCGCGCGCGGAGUUUGACAGUUCGUCGUUUGACAGUUCGGCCCCUUAAUAAGGCGAGGAAACGUCAAGAUCGGCCGGCGAAACGCGGAGAGGAGGCUCGCGAGGAAACAUACGUCAUACUUGAGGUAACAAGUCGCGCGCGCACGCGGGCCCACAACAUCUCUCCUCCUUCUCCUCCACUCCUUCUCCUCCUCCUUCGCCGAUUCAGUUGUGCAGAUCGCACGAUCCGAACGCGUGACGGCGUGAUCGCGACUUCCUCGCUCGUAGAUAGAAGAUAAAAAUUGACGGGGUCCAUCCUCCUCGCGCAUCGCUCCUCGAGGGAGAGAGAGAGAGAAGAGAGGACAAUUUGGAUUACCCGGCGAAACACGUGGGGGAAAAAAAUAGAGCGUACCUAUGAGUGCGAACCGCAUAAGACGGCAGGCUUCUGAGGACAGUUCGCACAAGGGAGGCCCACGCCUGCGAUGAGCAUGCCGACGAAGGGGAGCAAGCACCACCACCUGUCAACCCACCAUCAACAUCAUCCCCAGCAGCACCAUCCCCAGCAACCACCGCCGUCCGCGCCCCAACAUCAGCACCAGAUCAUUCUCAAUCAGCCCGUCGUGCAUUCCCCGCAGACCUACAGCGCUGUGGUCACCACGAACACCCGUUUCCUGAACACCGGAUCGGAGUUUCAUGGAAAUUACAGCGCCCAGCCAGGGGGCCAGGUGGGUGGAAGUGCUGCGAGUAAUGUAGGAGUACCCACGGGCAGAGGGCCGCCGCCGCUGGGCGGGAUACAGACGAUAGGACAAUCCGCAGCGGGUAUACCGUCGGGAGGUCCAGCUGGUGGACAAGCACCCUCGCAAGCACCGACACCAGGGGUGCAGUCACAACCGCCGCAAGGUCCGGCGCCUACCACGACACCGCCUGUUCACACGCCGUCACCUCAGGAAAUGGGAAAGCAAGCCCAUUUGCAGACGCAACCGGCGUCUUUACAACAGGUUUACGUGCCGGCGCAGAACAGACCGACGUCUCAGGGCUAUUAUCAAACGGGUCCAAGGCCACAACAACCGCGUGGUAUCAAUCAUAGAGGUGGCCAGAGCGCGAGCGGAACACCAGUAGUCGGGAUGACAGGGGUAGGUGGUGGAGGACAACCGCCUGCGUUAUACCCGCAUCAUGGUUUACCAGUGCAGCCCAGUGCGAUGUAUAUAAGUCAGAGUCAAGUCCACGGGCUUCACACGGGACCACACCAACAGUCGGUGUAUCCCAUAAAUAAUCAAAUACCGCUUCAGUUCUCUGGUCCACCUCAUGCCCAAAGGCAUCAGCCGCAUCAAAACACCGCGUCGUUUUAUCAUCCGUCGUUUUCACCUCAUCAGCUUAUAACGCAACCUCCUAUGUUCGGACAUUAUACGACCGCCCCGCAGCCUGGAUAUUACUAUGCGUCAAACGUGAAUUUGAGGCCGAAUACAAGUGCGGUCAGUGGUGGAGCGCAACAUGUCGCAAAUCCACUGGCCAGUGCUCAAGGUGCUCCAGUUGUACCACAAGGUACAAUUCAGCAACCUACCCAACAAGCCCAGCCUCUGUCCACGAUGGGUAUACCUCUCACGCAACCCGACGUGUACGCGGGCCAUAAUGGUGGUGCGACAAACGCCAACAGUGCCACUAGGUCUCGGAAACCUAGAGGACAGAACGCCAUUUUGGACAUAGUGAAUCCAUUAACGGGCAAAAAUAUAAGCGACGAGAUUUAUAAGGAUAACGAAACUACGCAGAGUGGUGAAUCCAGUAAUCGUGAGACGCCACAACCACAGAAUAAUGGUGCGGAGGUGAUAGCCGAUUUCGCGGCUCGCGUCGCGAAAGCCGCGACCGAGGAAUCGGACUCGGUAUCGACGAGCGCGCCCGAAACGGCGCCCACGACUCAAACGACCGCGCACGCGUCACUAGCAACGAAUGCACACAAUUCGGCUAGUGACGUCAGUAAUAGUCAAUGUAACACCGGUCCUCCGUCUCUGUCCACGCAAGCCGGCGCUGGCGCCGGCAAACCCGUAUCUACGAUAGGUAGUCAAUUGUUAGGUACUUGUAGUAAUGCGGGACAGAUAGAACCUAACAGCACGGCAAAGACGACGGAUCCGAAGGCGUUGCAACUCCCCGCGAAGGAGUUCCAGCCUAGGAGCGAAGCGGCGAAGAGCGUGACGAUCGAGGAGUCGUCAUCGCCCGUCGUUCCACCGAUGAUCACCGUCGCGAAUAAAGAUCCUGUUUCCGUGCAGCUUACUUCCGCGCCGACCGCUAGCACCGAAACAGCGACCGCGACCGCCGAGACCGUCGAACCCGUCGUCGAGACCGUCGGAGUCGCCGUGACGACCGCCGGAGCUGGCAUUGGACCUGAGUCUACCACGAAGAGCCUCAGCGUAUCCGCGUCCAAUGCGAUACAGACGUCGAUCGCUCCGUAUUGGAGCAACAUCACCCCGACCCAGGAACUCCCGAAACCGUCCGCCACUGCCUCGAGUGCUAAUCUCGUUCCUACCAGGGAGCCGUUCCCUAAUCUAUCCAAGGCCACGUCAAACUCGCCGCCUAGGAGGAAACUUAACGCCACCGAGCUGCCUUCGAAUACCAAAGAGUCAAAGGAGAGGAAGACCAGGGAGAAGAGCCUCGGCUCUCGCGGUACCACUCCUACGCCCGUUCACAACCAGGCAGCGGAUCAUCACCAUCAUCACCAGAAGCCGAACGGCGACGCGGUUGGUGACAAAACCGAAACGGAGGCGCACCCUAGAAAUGAGAUACAGCAGAAACCCGCGGACGGUAAAGCUAUGCAGAAGCAAAAAAGUAAAAAUAAAUCGAAACGUGAGCAGCUGAAUCGCAAGGGCGCCGAGAAGGAGGGCACGGAUAUGGAUGCCUUCGUGAAUACCGUACCGACAACGACCGAGCUCAAGCAGGACAACAAGGAGCAACAGCAGCAGCAGCAGCUUCAACAUGUUCCCGUCUCGAGAGACAGCAAUAAGGAGCCUGCCAGAGACAUUAGCAAGGAUAUCAAGGAGAAGGACAAUUAUGAAUCGAAGAAGGAGAUUCUGUCUGUCCACCCGGUCGUGAAACCCGAGAAACAAGCUCCCGCCGAGGUGCCUAAGGAAAGCGUUCUUCCUGUACAGACGCUUCCUCACGUCGUAGACAAGGUUAUUCCGCCUUGCAGCAAGGAAGCCUCCCCGAAGAGGGAGGACGACGUGAAAUCGAAUGCGUUCGCCGUCGACGACGUUGUCGACCACGCGUUCACCGAGGACAACUCGGAGCCUUUGGAGAUCCUGGUCGACCUGGAUCCCCUCGUCGCGCAGAAGAAUGAGGAGAACUUCAAGGCCUCGGCGUUUCACGCGUCCAACGACGAGAAGGCGGCGGCGACGAUAGCGGCGACGCCGAUCGUUCCCGAGAAGCAGGAGGUCAAGGCGUCCGGCAGCACCGCGUCGUCGAACGAAGUCGCUCCCGCACCUAGACAGCCGCAGCUCAGAUACGACUAUAAGAAGGACCAGUGGAGUCCGGCGAAUCUGAGCGGCAAGAAGAUCUACGAUCGAUUUUUAAUAAGGCUCCAGUUCGAGCCCAAUAGUAAAAUCAAGCCGCCUAAUCUCCCGAAUUUACAAGCCGUUCUGAAGGACAGUAUGCAGAAUGCGCAUAACGCCGUGGACUUGAGAGCGUUUAAGGACGCAAACAUGACGAGGCAUGACUCAUUGAUGCCAGGAUUUGCAAAAUCGGGAGCUCUCGGAAAUCCUGGUGGAAGACUGCCUGCAACGAAGAGAGCGAGCGAGCGGGGCAAACCAAAGCCAAACAAACCAAAUGUUAUUCACGUUUCUUUAUCGCUCAGAGAAGACGUGAAACUCAGAGAAGCGGAAAAUGCGUGGAGACCUACGAGAUUAAAUGCAGCUAGUCUCACCGAGGACGAGACGAAGACCGAAGCCCUCUACAAGAAAGUACGAAGUGUAUUGAACAAGCUCACUCCACAAAAGUUCAACACGUUGGUCUCACAAGUUAGGAGUUUGGAGAUCGAUACACCCGAACGUCUGCAAGGAGUCAUCAAUCUGGUCUUUGAAAAGGCUGUAGAUGAGCCCAGCUUCUCUGUGGAGUAUGCGUUGAUGUGCAAAGAACUAGGUAUGAUGGAGGUUGCGGGAGCCAAUAACCAAGAUAGCUCCGUCAACUUUAAGAAGCUCAUUAUCACACGUUGCCAAAAAGAGUUUGAGAAAAAUCCAAUUGACGACGUUGAAAGAAAAAGAAAGCUUAAGGAAAUCGACGAAUGUACGGAUCCUGAAAAGAAGAAACUAUUGUACUUGGAAUUCGACGAGGAAGAACGUCGUGUACGCGUCAAGUCUGUAGGAAAUAUUCGAUUUAUCGGAGAAUUGUAUAGACAACAAAUAUUGACUACCAAAAUCAUGCAUCGUUGUAUCCGUCACUUAUUAGAUCAGAAUGAUGAGGACAACUUGGAGUGCUUAUGCAAAUUGUUAACAACAAUUGGCAAAGACUUGGAAUUGAAAGCACAGCAGCCGCCCAGUGCUGCUACUGCUGCUGCUGCUGCUGCUGCUGCUGCUGCUAUUGAUGAAAUGCAAGAAUACUUCAAUCGAAUGCAAGAUAUCGUCACCCGAAAUAAAGAUGAUAGACCGAGCAAAGACGGAGUCAAAAUUAGUUCGAGAAUCCGUUUUAUGCUUCAAGAUGUUAUAGAUUUAAGAGCAAACAAGUGGAUUCCGAGAAGAAAUGAAAACAAUCCCAAAACGAUAGAUGAAAUUCAAAAAGAAGCGGAAUCCGAGAGACUGGAUAUGCAAGUCAAUAACACUUCGUUAAAUCCUCCACGAAAAGAUGAUCGUAAUAGCGACAGGAAAAGAAAUCGUGGACCAGGUGGACCUAAUGACGAUGGUUGGAGUCAACCAGUAGGAAGAGUAAGACCCGUGGCAUACUCGGUGGAGACAGCCAAAUUGAAAAUUAAGACGCCACCGAUGGACGAUAUGCAACUUGGCAACAGGGCGUCUUAUCUAUGGAGAUCUAUCCCGUCCAAUUCCAAUUCCAAGACAAUAACCAACACAAAUAAAUUUGCUUGCUUGGACAAUAUGGCGAAUUUGGAUCAAGAUAAAAAGAUGCCACCGCUACCACUUUCUGGGUCGAGAUCAACAGGUCCAAGGGAAAGUAGUCGCGACUACAGAUCUUCUUAUGAUGGUAGGGGUUCUCGAAACGGCACGCAUCAACCGAGUAUCGCAGGUCCGAGUAGAGAAAGUCACUCGUUAUUAGACAACUCGCAAAGCCGAAAUGUAUCGAUGCUUCCGCCUGUAUUGAAAUCCGCGUCGGAGUCUGGCGCAAUUAGCCGUAAGCCUCAAAUGUCGGAGGAGGAAUUCCUAAAGGCUCACAACUCUAUAAUAAGUCACUACUUUGAGGAACAAAUUGUGGAGAAUACGGUACUAGAAAUCCAACAAAAGUUCGAUAAUGCAACAUUCGCCAAGUUCACGCGCGAAUGCAUCAAUUAUGUUCUGGAAAAGUCGUCCGUCGAGCGAGAAUUAAUUUCCAAGCUCUUAUCCCAUCUACUCAGGCGAAAUAUUCUGCAUGUAGAAUGUUUCAAGAGCGGAUUGGGAGAAGUAUUAGAAAUAGUUGACGAUCUGGUCAUUGACAUACCGAAAAUCUGGACGUACCUAGCGGAAAUAUUGUCGCAUCCUAUCCAAGACGAAGCUGUCUCAUUAUACGAUAUGAAGAGUGUAUUUAUAAGUUUGGAGGGUCAAGGCUUCGUAGGAAAAUUCAUUGGCGAGCUUCUGACAAAAGUGUCUCACAAUAAAGGAGGCAGAUGGGUCGCCGACAAAUGGGAUCAAGCUGGACUCAAACUCAGUAGCUUGAUUAACCCAAAAUUAGAGAAUGCAGAAAAGAUCACCACGGAAUACAAUUUGGAGUUUCUGACUGGUGAUUAUAAUAGUGCCAAAGGCUCUGCUACUACCGAUCAACUCUCGUUAGAGAAAGUUCAGGAAAAUCUUACAAGACUUAUGAAAGAAAAUACUUCUUUCGACGAAAUUUGCAGUUGGAUAACUGCAAAUGUUGGUAAUAGAGAUAAGGAUCCCAAAUUUAUAAGACAUUUAAUGACUGCCAUUUUAGAAACUACGUUAGAACGACAUCAUGGUACAUGGAAACUAAACCUGGAUACUUUUGCGAGUUUGCAAACUUUGAUUCAGCGAUUCGUAGAUGCGAACGAAUUGCUAGAAUUGCAAUGCCUUUAUGCAAUUCAAAGAUAUAUCAAGAAAAUCGAAUUUCCACCCGGCACCCUUGUCCCCAUCAUGAAUCGAUUGUGGAUGGACAAUGUGAUAUCCAGUGACGCGUUUCUGACGUGGCAUAAAAAGACUCCGGAAGGAGCGGAUGUCGAGGGUCAUAGUGUUUCAAUUGUCGCACUUACGUCGUUUUUCACUGACUUGCUAGAACCAGACGAUAAUUCUAGUGUCGAAGAGUUAUCAACUAGUGCGAAUCAGGACUGUUGACGAUACUGUGAUCGAUUACACUAUCGUCUAUUAAAAAGACUCAAAUACGCGUUUCCUCGUUGAAAGAAAAAAAAUACAACGCUCGAAAUCAAAUUGCAGUUGUGUUUUUUAAUUUUUUUUUUUUUUUUAACUAUGUAAACGCCGAAACGCGUUUCCUAAAUAUUGAAGAAAAGAACGAUAUAAUAAAUAACAAUGAAGUGACACACGUGAAAAAAAUGUAUGUAAUAUAUAAUAUAACUCUUUGCAACUCUACCACCAACUAAAGAAGAGUGAGAGUGCUGAAAAAAACAAACAGCUGUAUAUGAGAUACG